AUGAUGAUGAUUCCAUCUAGGACAUUUGCAAUUUUGGUAGGUUCAGCAAUCAUAAUUAUAUUAAUUGCAAUUGAAGAAGUUCGUCACUUUACGGGUUGUAAUUGUGAUUUUUGCCAAGGAGAGGCCGUGUCAUUUGGCAGAUUCGACCUUGUCGGAUACAGCGUCGGUCUGAACGAUCUCGUCGAAGCGAUAAUCAGCUAUCGUUCAAUGAUUACAGCUCUCUAG